GGAGCUAAAGGGUUAAAAAUUACAAAUGGCUUCCGUUUUCAACUUUCGGCAAUCGUAAUUCUUUGCUGGCAUGGUUUUCUAAUCAAGACCUUUUAUUUGUUGAGACGACCGUGUUCGAUCGAAUCGCUAUUUACCGUCGUAGCCGAAGCCCGUGACAUACAAUCAUGGGUAUACAAGAUUUACAAACAUUUUUAGAAAAUGAAGGAGUUGGAGUUGAUUUAUUUCGAAUCGCUAGAAAUCAGGCAGGUGGAUUUCGGCUGGUGCUCGACGCUGAAGGAUGUUUAGACCGCCUCUAUGGAGGAUUUUUUUCAGAUUGGGCAUGUGGAGGACAAUGGGCCCGGUGCGUUCAGUUUUUAACUACACUAGCACAGGCCCUGGCCGAGCACCAAGUUCCUUUGUGUGUGUGCUUUAACGGAGCCCACCCUGCACCACCAGCCACGCCACAGCAUUGGAUCCAAACUCAAGCAACUUACAGACAGAGAGUCAACUCUGUUUUGCGCCACAUCGUAAUGAAAGGUACACCACCGCCAAAAGUAUGGUGGGUCCCACCUACAGGACUGCAUUCCUGCUUGAGAACUGCUCUGCGAUACCUUAACAUACCCAUUAUGGUAUCUUCUGAUGACCACUGCCAAGAAGUGGUUGGUUUGUGCCGAGAAAAGUCUUACGCUGGUUUGGUGGGUUGCUCUGGGGAGUAUUUAGUUUUCCAACCACCAAGGUACUUCAGCUCCUCCCAACUCAAGCUAACAUACAGAUCAUCUUUGGAGACAAAAGAGUACAUGGUGCAUGAAUUGCCGAAAGUCCUAGAUGUACCUCAGGAUCGGCUUUGCCUUAUGGCUGCUCUCCUCGGAGGCACAAUUCUGUCUGAGCAUAGCCUUACAGAUUUCUAUAAACGCUUAGGAAUCACACAAAAGAAGCAAGUGCCUCCCGAAACUUUGGUUAAGACUGUGUGCCAAUUUGUACGUGAAUUACCAUCUUCGGAUGUUGAUGCAGCUUGCAUUGAAAUAUUCGGAGAUCUCAACGAUUUGCGUGCUGCCAAACUAAAACAAGCAGUUCAAUAUUAUUUAAAUGGGACCAAAGAUGGUUUUCUGAAAUAUAGAACAGCGUCUGGACGUCGACCAAAGACUAACAAAAAGAACCAAAAGCCAGAUAUAAGCCCUCAAUCAACUUCCAUGGAUUUGGACACUUCCAAGUUGGCUACUGAAACAUCUGAAAAUGAGCAAAAAGGCUUGGAAGAUUACAAAUUGGCUACAGCAAACGCGUCUAUGAACGCGGACUUUAACACCGAGGAGGCCACGAGUGACGUUCACCAGCGGAUGUCGGCGAUGACACUGGACGGAGGAGACGCGAGCGCCGCGCAGCCAUCGAAACCCGCCGUAAACGACAAAAACGACAAACCGGCCCCUGCUACCAAAGAGAACCGUCAGAUAGUGAGCAAGCAGUUGUCAAACGACGACAACUGCCCGCCGGCGCCCGCCGAGGUACUUCGCACGUGCGCGGAGAGACACGCGCGCGGGCUCAUGCACCCGCAUAUGCUCUCCAUACUCUCCCACCGACAAAUCGCAUUGCCAGUUCUGAUGGAGGAUGACCACCACCGCGAGAUACCCUCUAUUCACCACUUCUACCGGCCGAUCAGGCAGAACGUUUAUGCUAUACUGUAUAACAUGCACCACCAUCGCUUCAUGGCUCAGAAGGCUAAAGAGGAUGGCCAACCCACUACAUCUGCGUCUGCGAACAACGAUCGACCGUGCACCGUUCAGAUAUCCGAAUGGAUUUACUCGCGCGUCAACCCUGGCAAGAACGCUGAAAUGGUGCCAGGAGUGUGCCUUGAUUGGCCAGUGCCCACUGUGCAGAGGCUUUGGUUCGGAACCGCUCAGGAUGACAAAUGCCGCCGUAUGCGCGCUUUCCUCUCAUGUAUGCGAUCUGAUACACCGCUAAUGCUGAACACAUCCUAUGUGCCCCAACAUCUGCUCAUAUUGGGCACUGUGCUGCGCUUUAUCAUGACAUCUCAAAUCCAAAUCCUGAGGCGUCAAGAACUGGAUGCGUUCUUGGCUACAGCUUUCUCUAGUGAUCUCAUGAAUGCUCUUCAUUUGCAAGAAAUGACGGUGAACGGCAUCAGCUCUCGUGGAGUCCAACUGGGCGCUCUAGUGAUGGCGGGCGCGGAAGCCGCCCUGAUGGCCAACGACGCGUGCGGCGCGCCCGUGCCCUGGCUAGUGGCCGCCCCGUGGCUGUACUUCGACGGGAAGCUGCUACAACGCAACCUGCACCGCGCCAACCACUGCAAGCAUCUGGCACAGCUGUGCGAUAACCACCUAGAUACUGUGGUUAAGGGACGGCAGCACUCGAAACUUCGUAUAACGUUUCCCGCCCCGUGGCUGUACUUCGACGGGAAGCUGUUGCAACGCAACCUGCACCUCGCCAACCACUGCAAGCAUCUGGCGCAGCUGUGCGAUAACCACCUCGAUACUGUGGUCAAGGUCAGUAGACUUGUUUUUAUUAAACGACUCAGCAGAGCUACUCCGAAACGUAAACACGUAAUUUCGGGUCUAUCUGUCACUUUCACUCAUGCUGGCAACUCGCUUUGCGUGAGAGGGAUGGCAGCACUAGAAACUUCAUAUAACGUUUCCCGCCCCGUGGCUGUACUUCGACGGGAAGCUGUUGCAACGCAACCUGCACCGCGCCAACCACUGCAAGCAUCUGGCGCAGCUGUGCGAUAA